GACGAUGAGAUUGCGUUUGUGUGACAGCUUAGUGCUGAUCAAAGGACCCGAGACCGCUUUGCUGAUCAGAAGAAGGACCCGAAUUCGUGUGGAGUUCCUCAAGCAGAAGAUCAAGAAGAAGGUUUUGGAGCACAGGACCAAAUCUACGUCAACUUCACCUGAACGAGGACGUGCUGAGAGGAGUCCCGUCGUAGGACCAGGAGAUGGUGAUGACGCCCAGGCGACUGAUGCGCCUGGUGCACGAGGGGCUAGCGAUCCCGGAAGCCCUGAAGAUGGACAGACUGGACGUGAUGGACAGGGAGAUGGUGAGCAGGAGGAGGAGCGUUCUGACUAUGCUUCACCUCGUGUUGCACCUAGCUUCCCUGGCUCAGUUGAGGAUGAACAGCUUUCAGGGGAGAUCUAUUCCCGGAGGGCUGAGUUGGUGCAAAAGGUGUUGGAAGGCCUGAGAGGUGAUGCCUACCUUGCCGCUCAGGACCUUGGAGUUGAAACUUUGAUGAAGGAUGGUGGAAUUGAGACUUUGAUCGCAACUUUGAAGAAGAUGAUUUUCCCAUUAUUUUCCCUUUGCAAUCCUUGGAAAAGCCAAGGAGCUUUUCCGAGUAGGACAGAUGCAACAUGGCCUCUUGUCCCGCCAGACAGGGCAGUCUGUGACUUCCUUCAUUUCAAGACGACGCAGGUGGUGGCGCCAAGUGAAGGAGCUCGAUUCCAACAUGCUGAUUUCCGAUCAGAUAAGCGCCGAGCUUCUCAUAGAGAGUGCUGGUUUGACCAAGCAGGAGCAGCUCAUGAUCAGAACUGCUGCCAAGAACCAUAUACGUUUGAUGACUACGCAGCCAUCUUGCUUGAGCACCAUGGGAGAAUUCAUUUGAAGGAUUCCAGGUCCCUGGCGCCGCAGUACAAGUCCAGUACCAAUUACCCCCACAAGAAGGGACAAUCCAAAGGGUCGCAAAAGCCUUGGUAUGGAAGCAACCGCACAGCCCAUUGGUCAGAAGCCAUUGAGGAGACCUGGCAUGAGCCAGAGGAGUAUCACGGAGAAGAUGAGCACGACGAAAACUACGAUGAACAUGGGUAUUUGGCCCACAACGAUGAAUCAGAACAGCCCACUGAGUGGGACUACGUCGAAGAUGAUGACACCGCAGCUGCCUUGGUCGCCAUGGCCGAGUGUGACCACGAUGAGACACCAGCUGAAGAGCUGGAUGAUCUUGCAGAAGCUGCCCAACAGCUCUAUGUGGGUUACAUGGCCACUGGCACCCACAAGGGGAAGACCAAGGUUUCAAAGGCAGCCAAGCCUGGUGUAGGAUACAUGGCAAUCAGUGAUGAGGAGUCAUCUGCAGGUGAGUACGGUGUUUUGCAUGUGCGUUCACGUCAGGAGAAAGAACACUCUGCGUACAUGGCUUAG